GGGAUGUGAGCUGACUAAGACUUGGUGCCUAAGGGGUGACGACAGCGCUCGCGAGAGACAUUCCCCCACACCUAAUGGAAGCGUGCGCCUGUCGCAUGAAUUAACGGCCGUUUACAUCGGAAGAAGCAUGAUCGUAAGACGGUAACAAGAGGUCACCAAACUUCGAGCAGGAGAAAAGAUGGGCAGCAUGGCAGAGGUUCCCAUUGUCCUCGAUGGAGGCACCGGCUUUCUCAAAGCCGGGUACGCUGGCCAGAACUUUCCAGACCACCAAUACCCUUCUAUAGUCGGCCGGCCCAUACUACGAACCGAAGAGCAAGCCUACAGCGAUAUCAAGCUCAAAGAUAUUAUGUGCGGUGAUGAAGCCGCAGCCGCACGAUCAAUGCUGCAAAUCACGUACCCAAUGGAGAACGGCAUAGUGAAACGAUGGGACGAUAUGCAACAACUCUGGGAUUACACUUUCUUCGAGAAGAUGCAUCUAGACCCCACAGGACGCAAGAUCUUACUCACAGAACCACCGAUGAACCCUCUGAAGAACCGGGAACAAAUGUGCGAAGUCAUGUUCGAGCGGUAUAACUUCGGUGGCGUAUACGUUGCUAUUCAAGCAGUGCUGGCACUGUACGCGCAAGGGCUGAGCUCGGGCGUGGUUGUGGACUCGGGGGAUGGUGUCACGCAUAUCGUGCCCGUUUACGAGAGUACAGUGCUCAACCAUCUGACCCGCCGUUUGGAUGUCGCUGGACGAGAUGUAACGCGCAAUCUCAUUUCGCUUCUCCUACGAAGAGGGUACGCGCUCAAUCGAACAGCGGAUUUCGAGACAGUGCGCGCAAUAAAGGAGAAGCUCUGCUACGUCUCCUACGACCUCGCAUUAGAUCAGAAGCUCAGUGAAGAAACGACAGUACUGGUAGAAAGCUACACCCUCCCAGACGGCCGCGUAAUCCGCGUAGGCAGCGAACGCUUCGAGGCACCCGAAUGUCUCUUCCAACCCCACCUCGUCGAUGUCGAACAACCAGGCAUUGCCGAAUUCCUGUUCAACACGAUUCAAUCUGCGGACGUCGACAUCCGAUCCUCGCUCUACCGCGCCAUUGUGCUUUCGGGCGGAAGCAGCAUGUAUCCUGGCCUACCGUCUCGGAUGGAGAAGGAGAUCAAGCAGUUGUGGCUCACGAAGGUGCUUGGUGGCAAUCCGGAGCGGUUGAGUAAGUUCAAAGUUAGGAUAGAGGAUCCCCCGCGGAGACGGCACAUGGUGUUUUUGGGCGGCGCGGUGUUAGCGAAUAUUAUGGCGGAUAAGGAGAAUAUGUGGGUUAGUAAGCAGGAGUGGAUGGAGCAGGGUUCGAGGGCGUUGGAAAAGUUGGGUGCGAGGUAACGAUGAAGAAAUGCAUCCUGGGCGAGGGCGAAGCAAAGGCCCUUCAACGGGUGAGUCUAUGCUUCAGCCGUUGCACCGUAAAGGCUUUGGUUCAGCGCGACCAUACUGCGCAGAGUUCGGCGUGGACGGGUAGCGAAGACUUCACCGCUCCAAGACAGCCAUCCAUUGCGCUCAGUGCGUCCGAGUCAGCCAUGGCACGAGGGUGGUAGUUUGGGAGCACAUAUGAAACUACCACGGCCAUGUGCAGAAAGUGCAAUGAGGAGCAGGCAUAGCAAUUGAGACGGAGCGAUAUAAAAAGCUUGGGUCAGUUGUACAUCGGCUUUCGCUAGUAGUCACAAUCUAUUGUCCCAUGUCGCUCAAUGCUACUGGUCCACUCGAAACUGUCUCGCCUAGUCGCCGUACAUAGCACGACCUUCCUUCGAGUUGAGGAACUCAUUCCUGCA